GUUGGCUGCCGGUGACAGGCGGAGCCGGCCUCGCUGCUGCCCGGCAUGAGGGGGGGCGGCUGCGCCCCGGCCCCCGCUCACUAGCCCGGCCGAGCCGCGCAGGCGGGCCCGGGGAGCGGCGCGCCAUGCGGCUGUGCGGGGCGCUGCUGAAGAGCCCCAUCCCCAAGCAGAUCGAGCACUACUCGCGCUUCUCCCCCUCGCCGCUCUCCAUCAAGCAGUUCCUGGACUUCGGACGUGAUAAUGCAUGUGAGAAAACAUCAUACAUGUUCCUACGGAAAGAACUUCCUGUGCGGCUAGCUAAUACCAUGAGAGAAGUCAAUUUGCUGCCUGAUAACUUGCUAAACAGGCCUUCAGUUGGGCUAGUUCAGAGUUGGUACAUGCAAAGUUUCCUUGAGUUUUUAGAAUAUGAAAAUAAAAGCCCUGAGGAUCCUCAUAUUCUGGAUAACUUUUUAGAAGUUUUAAUUAAAGUAAGGAACAGACACAAUGAUGUGGUUCCUACCAUGGCUCAAGGGGUGAUUGAGUACAAGGAAAAGUAUGGCUUUGAUCCGUUUGUUAGCAGUAACAUCCAGUAUUUUCUAGAUAGGUUCUACACCAACCGCAUCUCUUUCCGCAUGCUUAUUAACCAGCACACACUUCUUUUUGGUGGAGAUACUAAUCCUGCUCAUCCCAAGCAUAUUGGAAGUAUUGAUCCUACCUGUAAUGUGGCUGAGGUAGUAAAAGAUGCUUAUGAAACAGCUAAGAUGUUGUGUGAGCAGUACUAUCUGGUUGCACCAGAGUUGGAAGUUGAAGAAUUCAAUGCUAAAGCUCCAGACAAGCCUAUUCAAGUAGUCUAUGUACCCUCACAUCUGUUUCAUAUGCUAUUUGAGUUGUUCAAGAACUCAAUGAGAGCUACAGUGGAAUUACAUGAAGGUAGGAAAGAAGGCUAUCCAUCAAUUAAAACAUUAGUCACUUUGGGGAAAGAAGAUCUAUCCAUAAAGAUAAGUGAUCAAGGAGGUGGUGUCCCUCUGAGAAAAAUAGAUCGUCUGUUUAACUACAUGUACUCAACAGCACCUAGGCCUAGUUUGGAGCCAACAAGAGCUGCACCUUUGGCUGGAUUUGGGUAUGGUUUGCCAAUCUCUCGUCUUUAUGCUAGAUACUUUCAAGGAGAUCUCAAGCUCUAUUCAAUGGAAGGCGUGGGUACUGAUGCUGUAAUUUAUUUGAAGGCUCUUUCAAGUGAAUCAUUUGAAAGACUUCCAGUUUUUAAUAAGUCUGCAUGGCGACACUACAAGACUACACCCGAAGCUGAUGACUGGAGCAAUCCUAGCAGUGAACCCAGGGAUGCAUCUAAAUACAAAGCUAAUCGAUAAUUUACCACCUUUGUCUCUCCCGAAGACAACUUCUGCAUUCAGUUUAAAGUCUAUGCUUUGUUCCAAAAUCCUCUGAACCAUAGUAGCCAAUUACUUCCAUACAAAGUCCUAUCAGGGCACUGAAAUUACAAAAACAAAGUGAUGUAUGAGACUUAAGAAAAGCACUAAGCAUUUUUGGUGUGGGUGGUGUUAUAACAACUUUACCAAAAUAUGCUUGGUUAGUUUGGUUUUAUUUUGACAAAUGAGAUUGCACUUAAGUACACAACUAUAUAGUGAAAGGGUAUUACUUCUUAACGGCCAGUUUUUAUGCACAAAUAAAAAUCAGCAAAAUCUGUAGAAUCCCUUUAAUAGUCAAUAGCAUCUGACAUAGCAAUAUUAUGUACCAGACAAGUUCUAACAUAGCUGAAUGUGUGCUUAGAAAAUCCACUCUUCGCUGCAGUUUCAUAUUGCACAGUCAGUGUCAUCUGUUAUAUAAAAUCCUUUUGGGCUCUUCAGAUCUUAUAGCUAGUGACAAUAGAGAUGCAUAGUUCUUAGAAGGUAUCUGUAGCUUUAAACUGAUGCUUUCCCCAUAUUCCCAAAUCCGUUUGUCAAGUGCAUCCAAAAAUAUAUAUUCUUCUAAGGCAUUGCAACUUUCACCUCUUAAUAUGCACCUUAAUGUUUUACUGAAUUUGCACAAAAUGCCAAAUGAUAAAUCACAUUAAUUAUUUUAAGAAAAGAUUAUAAGGGGUCAAUGCUUCUCUACAUUCUUGCAAGUAACUCCCAUUGAUAUAGAGGUGAGAGAAUAAAUUUUAUAUGUGAUGUUCUUUGCCUGUCAGAUACUUUUUUGCUUUGCUUUUGGGAAAGCAUACUGAGAAACCAGACAGCCAGUCAUGUAAGUGAAUUUGCCUUAAGAAUUUUGGUCACCUGGAACCUGAUUAGUUGUAAAACGGUAAAUAAUUUGCCAAAUUAUUUAUCUAUGUAGCAAAAGACAAUAGUCUGAUAAUUUGAAUUUGUACUAUAUAGAGAGAGUUGUUGCACCUUGGCUUUUGGAAAGCAUUACUGGUCUAAAUAUUAUUAAACUGGGAGCAUAAUAGAAACAAUGAAGGAUAAUUAAAAAUAGGAGAUGGCUGAUAAGUUGAUGACUUCUUCCAAGGAGAGAGAGAUUCAUUAAACAGCAUUCUCUAAAAUUGGUUGAGAGUUACUUAUGAAUGUCAAGAAGCUGUACUAUACCAAGUUUCCACCAAAUAUUGCCUCUGAUAUUGUGGGUCCAUAGAGUGUACUAUAGAGGUUAGGCGUUCUGGUAAUAUCCUAACUACAAGAGUAAAGGUAGAAUGGGUUAUAAUGACAACUGUACUUGAAGAUGUACCCUCAGUAUCUCUGUGGUGUUUUGAUAUUUUUUGAAAGAUAUUGCAAGAUUUUAACUAGACAAAACUUGUUUACUAAAACUCAGCAAAAUAUCCCUUUGUCCUCCUGAACAUUUAUUUUGUAAGAAUUAGUCUGUUAGAUAAAUAAGGAAAAGGUGAGAACUUCCUGGAUAUUUUUAAAAAAAAACUUAGUUUGAGUUAGAGUAAUGAUGUUACUUUGCACUUACAUAGCACAUUUCAUCCCAAGAAUCUCAAAGCACCUUGUAAGCAAUUCAGUCUCUCAGUACCCCAUUUUUUGAUGCACAAACUGAGAAAAGAUAAACUCCUGAUCCUGCAGACACUUCCACAUACUUGUAUGGAAGUUAACCACCUGUAAAAUUGUGUGCAGGAUUGAGGGCCGAUGUUAAACAAUAAUCCCCCAUGGUUGCAGACACCACUGAAGAGAGAGAAAGCUGCCAUUCACAUGCUACAGCCAGGUGGUCCAUCUGUCACUGUG